AUGGACUCGCAGUGGGCCUCGUACGUCGAGAGCACGCCCGCCACCCGCCAGACGCGCUACUACGCUGCGCCGCCCAGCCUGACCACCGCCCACCACCCGCAACGCGACCCGACCGCGCAGCCCCAGCCACGGCAAGACUCGUCCGCGAAGCAGGAUCACUACGUGAAGCAGGACUCGUACAACACGCCCUCCAUCGCCUCGCGCGCCGCCUCCAUGCAGAUUAGCUCGCCGCCCUCUCUGCUGCAGCAGCGCUCGCACAGCUACCACAACGGUGCCAACGACCACGACGGCGACGUGCCAAUGGAGGACGCAGAUCCCUACAAGCCGCGCUACGCUGCAAAGUCUGCCCAGCCCGGCCGCACCUCGACCGCCUACGUCCAAGAGCAAGAAGCCUCGGCUGCCGCGCGCCGCUACUCCCCAAUGAACCUGUCGCCCUCGUCACCUUACGGCUCCGGCUCCCAGCAGAGCGCCGCAAACUAUACUAGCUUUUCCCCGCAAUCCAACCGUCAGUCGCCCACUCGCUCGAAUCCUUACAUGUCUCCUCCUCAAAGCUACUAUUCACCCCCAUCCUCGCGAGCCCACCCGCCACAACUGCCUCCGAUCCAAUCCAACAUGUCGUCCUCUGAACACUACUAUCCGCAAUCCGCUACCGCACAGCUCAACGCUGCCUACGGACGAGAUGCCCGGUCGCCACGCAAUCCGGCUUCGCAAACGCCCAUGUCACCACAGGCUGCCCGCGGACCUGUGCCGACCUUCACCAAGUGCCUCAACACCGGGGAUCUGCAGCCGAUCAUUAAUGUGCAGCCCCCGUUUCGGAGAGCAAACCCUGAGGGUGGUUUCAUAAGCCCGCUGCAAGCAUUGACGACCCACCUGCCUGCGACGUACCGCAUUUGCAACCCCAACUUUAAGUACGAGUCUUCGAGAAAUCCGCGCAGAGUCCUCACGAAGCCGAGCAAGGGCGUGAAGAACGAUGGGUACGACAACGAGGACAGCGAUUACAUCCUCUAUGUCAACGAUAUUCUGGGGUCGGAGGAAUCGGGCCAUAAGAACCGCUACCUUAUUCUGGAUGUCCUGGGCCAGGGCACGUUUGGGCAGGUUGUCAAGUGUCAGAACCUCCGGACGCAAGAGGUUGUCGCUGUGAAGGUCAUCAAGAAUCGCACUGCCUACUUCAACCAGAGCAUGAUGGAGGUCUCUGUUCUGGACCUGUUGAACAAGCAGAUGGACAAGAACGACGACCACCAUCUCCUACGCCUGAAGGACACAUUUAUCCAUCGGCAACAUCUAUGCCUUGUCUUUGAGCUGCUCAGCGUUAACUUGUACGAGCUGAUCAAGCAGAACCAAUUCCGUGGCCUGAGUACCACCCUCGUGCGAGUAUUCGCGCAGCAACUGCUCAAUGGCCUCGCAUUGCUCGGAAAGGCUAAAUUGAUCCAUUGCGAUCUGAAACCGGAGAACAUUCUUCUGAAGAACCUUGAGAGCCCGAUUAUCAAGAUUAUCGAUUUUGGCUCUGCAUGCGAUGAAAGACAGACCGUCUACACCUACAUUCAGUCACGUUUCUACCGGUCUCCAGAGGUUCUACUCGGUCUCCCCUACUCGGCGGCUAUCGACAUGUGGUCGUUGGGCUGCAUUGUGGUCGAGUUGUUCCUAGGAUUACCGCUGUUCCCAGGAUCAUCUGAGUACAACCAGGUCGCACGGAUCACAGAAAUGCUCGGUCUUCCUCCGGCAUGGAUGCUGGAGAUGGGAAAGCAGUCCGGAGAGUUUUUUGAGAAGGUGCAGGACGAAUUCGGCAGAAAGACCUGGAGAUUGAAGAGCAUGGAGCAGUACUCGCGUGAGCACGGAACUAAGGAGCAACCGAGCAAGAAGUAUUUCUCCGCUACGACGCUUCCGGAAAUCAUCAAAAACUAUCCGAUGCCGAGGAAGAACAUGAAACCAGCCGAGAUUGAGAGAGAAAUGGCCAACCGCCACGCUUUCAUCGAUUUCGCUCAAGGCCUCCUGAACCUCAACCCUCUAGAAAGAUGGACCCCCAACCAGGCGAAGAUGCAUCCGUUCAUCACGCAACAAAAGUUUACCGGACCGUUCAUUCCCCCGAUGACGAUGAGGGCGGGCUCCAACAGGUCUCCUGCGCCGGGUGUUGUCGAGCAGCAGCGUGCCGAGGCUUUAAGCAGACAACGAGCUCAACAGCAGGCCGCCCAAGCCCAAGCCCAGAGCGCCGCUUAUGCUAACAUGCAGAUGAACCAGUAUGCCCAAAGUCCACACGCCGCGCAAAGCCCGGCCAUGUACAACAACAUGUAUAGCCCAAGCCAUCAAGGUGCACCUCCUCCAUACCCCGCGCAGGCAAACUACAACCAGCAGAUGAGUCUGGUCCAGCAGACGCCCCGGUACAACCCGCAACAGAAUCUCUACGCACAGGCCACAACAAGAGCGGGACGGCAAAGAGCAUCGACAAUGGACCAACAGCAGAAUGGUAUCCCACCUGCGCUGCAGAGGGUGAUGAGUCACUUGGACCCCAAUGCUCCCGUCAGGCUGCAGCCCAGCCCUGCCUACUACCCGCCGCCUCCCGAUGGUGCGCCUGAUGGAAAUGCUGCUGGUGGACGGAGACGUGAUAGCCGUGCGACUGGUACCGGUGGACAAGGCCGUCACCGAGGAAACCGCGACUUCAUCCGGACGCUCGAGGACAGGACUCUGGAAGAAGGUUUCAUGAACAACCAGAACCAUUGGCAAUGA